AAUUCAUCAAUUUCAUAUAAAUUUUAAUUUUAUGCUAUAACUUGGUAUAUAAGAGAAGGAUGGAUUCGUAAGGGAGGAGACUCAAAAUGGAUUUGCAGAAGGUAAUUAUAAACUUGGAGUAAAAACUGGAAAAUGGGUUUUGACUUAUCCUGAUAGGAUGUAUAAAAUUUUUUUUUUAUAUUAUAGAGAAGAAGGAAAUUUUCAAGGAAAAAAUAGAAUUGGAUAAUGGCUAAUUCAUUAUUCGAAGAGUGAUUUUUAUGAAGCGUAUUUUAUAAAAUAUCAUAAUUUAUAGAGGAUUGUAUGAUGAAAAAAAUUUAAAAACAGGAGAGUGGAUCACGUUCAAAGAAUAAAAUUCUGAAGUUACCAUUAAAACAACAUAUCAGAGAGGAGUGAAGAUAAAGGAAAAAAAAGUUGACUAAUUAUAAAUUUCAACGAUACAAUUGAAAAAGGGUUGACUUAUUAACUAUUUCUUUUUGCAAGAAG